GUGAGACGUCCUUCGAGGGCGUUUCCAUCUGCAUGCUGCUGAAUAGAUCUACUCCACUAGAUUCAAAAUUUUAUCCUGCCUUCACCUUUAUGCCUGACACCGGAGAGCAACAAUGAAGCUGAACACUCAAACACUCAAACACAAGUCUCCACAUGACACAGAGCGGGAAUUUGGAGGAACUCUGGGUGCUGUAUGCAUCCCCAUCUUUCUUCCACUGACGGUGCUGUUUCUGAUCUCUGUGAGUCGAUGCCCUGAGGCCAGUGUGUUCCAGUGGCCCCCUCCUCUCCCCUCCACUGACCAGUUGUGGGACCCUCUUGCCCCUGUGCUUCUGCUGGGCUGGAUCGCUCUACAUGCUCUCCUCUAUCUGAUGCCACUAGGAAAGGUGUCUGAAGGAUUAGUGCUGAGAGAUGGAACCCGUCUCAAGUAUCCCAUAAAUGGUUUUCAUGGCCUGUGCGUCAGCGGUGUGUUGCUGCUGUUGUUUCUUGGGCUCGGGGCUCCUCUGGGGUAUCUGUUUGAGCUGCUGUUGCCUCUGGCGGUGUGUGCAAUAGCAGUGUCAUUCCUGUUCUCCGUCUACCUCUACAUGCGCUCCUUUUGGAUUCCUUCUCAUGGUCUCGCAUUGGGGGGCAACACAGGAAAUCCACUGUAUGACUUCUUCAUCGGACGGGAGCUCAAUCCUCGGAUUGGAAACUUUGACCUCAAAUAUUUCUGUGAGCUUAGGCCGGGACUGACUGGCUGGGUGGUUAUAAACUUUGGCAUGCUGAUGAAGGAAGUGGAGCUCAGAGGUUCUCCCUCACUCGCCAUGAUUCUGGUUAACAGUUUCCAGCUGCUGUAUGUGGCAGAUGCUCUGUGGAACGAGGAGGCUGUUCUGACAACUAUGGACAUUGUACAUGACGGUUUCGGCUUCAUGCUUGUCUUUGGGGACCUGGCCUGGGUUCCCUUCACAUACGGCCUGCAGGCUGCCUUCCUGGUCGUGCACCCACAGACUCUGAGCUCACUCGGAGCAGCAGUUAUAAUAGCGCUAAAUGGUAUUGGAUAUUAUGUUUUUAGAAAAUCCAACUCACAGAAGAACCAGUUUAGACGGGAUCCUACACACCCGAGUGUUGCAAGACUAGAAACUAUUGCUACAGCAACAGGGAAACGUCUGCUUGUAUCCGGCUGGUGGGGUCUGGUUCGUCAUCCUAAUUACCUCGGUGACCUCCUCAUGGCCCUGGCCUGGUCUCUGCCUUGUGGUUUCUCACAUCUUCUGCCGUACUUCUACGUCAUAUAUUUCACCGUCUUGUUGAUUCACCGAGAGGAUCGGGACGAGAGACAAUGCAGGGCCAAAUACGGACUGGCGUGGGACACCUACUGCCGACGUGUGCCCUACAGGAUCUUCCCCUAUUUAUACUGAACAAGGAAACACGAGUUAAAUGGGACCAAAGCUAUCACAGCAGCCCAACAAAGUGAGCAAUAACUUGAACUGUAAUCUCUUUUUCAGAUACACAGUAUUACAGUUUUUCUCAGUCGCUUUGGUACAUUUCUCGAAUCAUCCUCGACAUUUGCAAAACAGUAAGUGCAUUUCUCAAAACAAUUCGUACAAAUAGCAAAACACAAUGGGUAACCUGCAAAAGCUGACCCCUCUCUUGUUCAGGGAUGACAUCCCUGUAGAGUGUAUCUACAAAGGUGACAAGACGCUCUGUGUUAUACGGCCUGAUAAUGGGAAUAUGCGUUAGCAGCACCCAUGGUUAUGUUCCCGCCCCGUUGGCCUGGCACAUCAACUGUAGCUCUGUGGCCGAUGAUAUUUCAAGUUCGAGUUGAUGGUUCAUGAGAUGGACCUUUGAGCUAUGUCAGAAAACUGGUUGAUCAUUGGUUGAUCUGAUGCUUCACACAUUUCCCUUCGUUAGAGAAAGUCAAAAUUCACCUGGGAGAAAUUUACCAAUUUAGGACAGAUUUAGAAAAUAAGUCUGAUGGAAAUGUACAGAAAUAUAACUGACAUAUUCUGAAACCAUGUUCAACCAUUUUGCAUGUGAAGACUUAUGCGA